AUGGCGGAAGGUGGUGGCAAUGAAGCUGCUUGUCAGCCACUGCCUGAGGCUGAAGGGUACGAUUAUACAUACGUUGAAGAACCUCCAGAGAACCUAACGUGUCCAAUCUGCAUCCUGCCUUGUCGAGAGCCACAAAUAAUGGAUUGCUGUGGAGCUAAGUUUUGUCUACCAUGUAUUGAAAGAGAGCAGUUUGCUGGACGGCCCUGUCCUUUGUGCAGGGUACAGAGGUUCAAAAUGUUAAUAGACAGAGAACACCAAAGGAGGAUAUUGGCACUCAAAGUUUAUUGCACUCAAAGGGAGGAGGGGUGCCAAUGGAGCGGAGAGUUGCGCCAUAUUGAAAACCCUCAUCUUGAGAAGGAUUGUCAAUAUGUCCUUGAAGCCUGUUGCUGGGACUGUGGGCGGAGAUAUAAACGUAAAGAUAUAAGGUUUCACGAACAGGAUGAGUGUGGCAAUAGACCCUUGGAAUGGUUAG